CCCAUAUUCAGUUUGUCUCUGUCUCUCUCCCUAACGUGUAUAUGUGGUGGUUUCCAGCCGCGAGGAUGUUGGUGGCUGCUCUGCUCAUUCUGGUCACUAAUUUGGAGCAGGUGGGAGCUUUCAGUCUGACCGUCACUGAGAGUCAGAUAGAAGCCACAGCCGGACAAUCUGUGUACUUCCUGGUAAUGCCCAGUGAACUGGGAAAUUUUAGUAUAAUAUGGAAAGUCAACACCAGCUCCACAAUCGCAUCAGCAAAGGGAACAGCAGUGAAGUACUUUGGAGACUACCAGGGUCGGGCUGAGCUUUACCCCAACAAUGCCACUCUACGUCUGGACACAGUGACUCCGGCUGAUUCCGGUUCGUACUCAGUGUCUGUGUUUGACUUAAUCCUCGGAGCAGCCUCAGCAGAUUUACAACUGCGUGUUCACACUCCGGUGUCCAAUGUGAGCAUCAGCCUGAGUCCAGACAAGGAGAUAUUUAUCGAGAAUAAAGACACAGUGACACUAAGAUGUACAGCAAUGGGAUCGUUCCCCACCUAUUCCUGGGCACUGGAUGGACACCCGUUACCUGUAACCCCACGUUACACACUGUCUGCAGAUAAUAGCACUCUGACAAUCAGCCCCGUACACAGGAGCGACAGUGGAGGGUUUAUCUGCACGGCCAGUCACCUGGUGGGCAGUGACAGCAGCAAACCAGUGAAGCUGGUGAUAACUUAUGGCCCUGAUCCACCCACAGUAUAUAUGAGUGGGCAGGUGAUAUGUGACAGUUUGGUCCCAGGACAGUACUGUGGGAAGGAGGGAGAUUUAGUGACGCUCAACUGUCAGACGAAAUGUUUCCCAGAGUGUAACUACAGGUGGACACAUAACACCACAGUCAUUGCCGGCAACACCUCACAGCUGCCUAUAGAGAGCCUCACGUUCAACAACAGCGGGGAUUACACUUGCAAUGUGAAGAAUGAUUACACCACGAUUAGCCACACGGAGAAGGUUUCAAUCCUCGUGUACAGGGCUCCCACACAGCAGAUCACAUGCGGAGCAGCAGAUAAAGGAACAGCAUUGGUGUUGAUGUGCUCCUGGGCUGGUGGGGUGCCAGACUCUGUCCUUCAGCUGAAGGUCGGACAGACGAUUGUCAAUGCGACAAACGAGGGGAAUGUCACCAUCACAAAGGAUCAGCUCAGCUCCCGAGAGAUCUUCACAUGUGUUGGACGCCAUGUUGUCUCUGACAGUCAAUGCUCUAUAGUUAUUGAUAAACCCCAGAGAGCGUCAGGGUCUGAGCCUCAGGUGGAAGUGGGGAAGGAGGCAGAUGUGACCUUAGACGUGUCACUGACAGACACAGUGCGGGUGUCAGACCCUGGCCUGCUGCCCGCACACUUUACAUGGUCGAAGGAAGACAACUCCAUCACUGGCUCUGACGGCAAGUUCAACAUCACCUCAGGACUAACCUUCUCUAAACUGCUCAUCAGUAAAUUCCAGGCAACCGAUCAGGGCACAUAUCAAUGCCGUGUCACUAACGCAAUGGGAGAGAACUUCUUCCAAUUUGACGUGACUUUGAAAGGCGGAGUGAAUGUGGCCCUGAUAGUGGGGACAAUAGUGGGGGCUGUGGCUGUGGUGGUCAUUGCAACACUCGCUGUGGUGUACGUUUACAGGAAACGUAAGGAAGCCAAAACACAGCAAGAGACAGAGGGUGAACCAUACUACGAGACCAUUGAUGUCAGAGCUUCCUCUGCCAAUGUCUCCCAGAAGGAUUCAGGCCCUUACAUGGACCUUGGAAAGCACCAAAAAGAUAUUUAUCACAAUUUACGUCGUAAUGGCACCAGGAAGUAGAUAGCUGUGACAACGUAGAUCGAUUUCAAGAUCCUUUCAAUCAUCUACAAAUCUCUUCAGGCUCUGGC